GGCAGGUUGUGGGAGCACGAGUCAGCCAGUUGCCACGGUGAGAGGCUUUUUGUAAUGGGAUCAUGCCCCUGGAGGAGCUCUGGAGGGAAUUCGGAUUGUCCCACCGUCCCUGAAAGCCCGCCGCUGCUUCGCCAAGCUGCAGGGAGCGAGGGAGCGAGAGCUGUCCGUGGUGCUGAACAGUAGAGAAGGCGAAUGUGUUGCUGUCCGCAGCGCUGGACACACACCGUGGGACAUCGUGCUGAGCUCUCCGCCGUGCUGGACAUCACAGGCUCUUUGUCUCCACUCGUCCAUCUGCUGCAGCACUGUGGGGCCUGCAGCUACUGGCAGAGGAGUUUGGUUGGUCACCCCAAGCAGAAGUAGCAGUGGCAUUGCUCAGGGGAGGCAUGGUGUGGACGGUGCUGGGUGACUGCUGCUAGAAGGCCACGUGGUAAUAGGGAUCGCACUGGACAGCGACUGCACUCGACACACAGACUGAGAUGAUGCUUCUCAUCAAGCUGAAGACCCCUCUCCGCCGGCCCAGCUUAGUCCGCAAGGACCCUCCGACCCUGUUCUGAGACCCAGUGACUGCAGCCUGGGCCAAACGGACUCGAAGCGGCACUAGAAGAAGGUCACUAGGAGACAUCGUUCCACCUGGAAAUACGGCGGCCGCAGCUCUGGAAGGGGCACCAGGAAUGGUGGACCACGGCCGGGACAUCGCUCCCACAAACUCACUGUGCGGCCGCUGAAGGACAAUGAGCUCAAAUGAGGAUGACACCGCUGUGACGUUCCUCCAGUACGUUGCAGACAGUGGACUGACCGCCUACGACCGCCUGGUGGUGCUGAACACCUCCGACGCUGAGCACAAACAUCAGGACUGCGACGAAAGGAAUGAGACUGGUUGGGCUCACCUGGACGGGAAAAACGAGAAGAAGAGGAAGCAAGAAACAGCUUCGACCAGGGUUGGGGAGGACGUGGAAUUGGGCUCCGACAGCAGCUACGCAGGAAAGCACUUUUGCAUGGGCUUCGUGACCAUGCCGGCACCCCCGGACCGGGCUGCCCUCCCCCACGGUGCCGGCUUCGCUGUGCGCUCCCAGUCUCUGCACUCGGUCGGGGGCAGCGAGGAGGAUGGAAGCCCCACCGCACGCAAGCAACCCCCCCCUAAGCCAAAGAGGGACCCCAACACAAAGUUGAGCGCCUCCUCCGAGACGGUGGACGUAGGGUUGUCGUCAGGUGUGGCAGGAAGUGACCCUGACAAGGUGGACGCCUUGCGAACCUGCAGCGAGGACUUCCGCAGAGUCCCACCUCCGAAGCCCAAGAGGAACCCCAACACCCAACUGAGCACUUCGUUCGACGAGUCCUACAUCAGGAAUGUGGGGGCAGGCAAGUGGUGCGAGGGCUCUCCCAAGGAGAAGGCAUCAUCGCAGACACAGAGCCCAACUCACGACUCGGGCAGGGAGGAGCCAGUCUACAUCGAGAUGGUGGGCAACAUUCUGCGGGACUUGCAACGCAGCCGGGAGGAGCCGAGCGAGGCCGUCUACGAGGAGAUGAAGUACCCCGCCUUCGACGACCUGGGCCAGGACUCCAAGUGGGAGCACCAGAGCUGCUCCUCGCAAUGUCCCACUCCCACCAUCCCCGACGUGGAGCUGACGCGCGCAUCGACGCCCCACGGCUCACUGUGCGACAUCCCGUCUCCUUUCCCCAACCUGCUGUCACAUCGGCCCCCCUUGCUGGUGUUCCCCCCUGUGCCGGCUCAGUGCUCACCCAACUCGGACGAGUCGCCCCUGACUCCGCUGGAGGUCACAAAGCUGCCCGCGCUGGACAACGUCUCCUACGUCAAGCCUGGCACGGAGCGGGAGCCUCCCGCCACUCACACCAUCACAGCAUCUGGCCGCUCCUCGGCGCCGCCCCUGCCCUCCAGCCUCUACAAGUCCUCAGCCCACGGGUAUCCUCGCAGCCACUCGGCGUGUCCCUCCCCAGUAAGCAUGAGCCGCUCGCUCACUCCACUCAGCCUGAAGCGCCCGCCUCCGUACGAGGUGCUCACAGGGGCCGGUAUGCCACGCAGCGCAUCAGCCGUGCCUCACGGCACCAAGGGCACGUCCCAGGAAGGGUCCAAGCUCUCCAGCUCGUCCAGCACCCAUGGGUCCAUGCAGAACAUAUCACGGUCUCGCACCCCCACGAGCCCGCUGGACGAGCUCACCAACCUGUUCACCACGGGGCGGAACAUGCUCAAGAAGUCCUCCAGCGGCAGGAAAUCCAAGGAGCCAGCCGAGAGUGAGGCCAAAGGCAGGUGCCACAGCUCAGAGCCACCGACAAAACAGGAAGUCAAAGACAAAAGCAGUCACGGCAGCGAGUCUCGGCGCGGCAGCAAGGACAAGGAAAGUCACGGCAGCGAGUCUCGGCGCGGCAGCAAGGACAAGGAAAGUCAUGCCAGCGAGUCUCGGCGUGGCAGCAAGGACAAGAGCCGAGAUGACCCCGACGGCAGACAUGACAGUAAAGACAGGGCCAGUUAUGGCACUGACUGCAGGCGUGACAGCAAAGACAAGAGCUGUUCCGCCAUGGAGGCCCUGCCCAGACGAGGCAGCAAGGACAAGAACUGCCCCAGCGUGGAGCUGCUUCCCAGACAGGACAGCAAGGAGAAGUCUAGCCAUGCUGGAGCAAUGAAGGACUUCUCCAGAACCCACGAAUGGGACGGAGUGUGUGAGCAAACAGCUGCGGCAACACACACAGCCACACCCAGCCGCCUGGCACACUUCUCCGUGAGUCCCACCAAGAUGCCCGGGAACAACUGCGCAGAACUCAAGGCCAAAGGGGGUCGUUCAGCCUCCGUGUCAGGUGCGCCUGGCCCCCAGGAAAGCCCCCAGAGACAGGCGGCUGAGCUUCAGCACGGCCAGGUGGCGCCGCUGCCCUGGCUGUGUGGCGACAGCACCAUGCUGGAGACCAUAGAGAAGAAGCGCUUGCUGUGCAAGGAGAUCAAGGCGCGGCAGCGGGCCGAGAAGGGCCUGCGCAAGCAGGAGAGUGCCCCCGUCCCCAGCCCCGACCCCGCGCUGCCAAGCUGGAGGAGGAGCAAUGGGACCAAGAGGUGCAGCCCACCGCCUUACCCACCCCCUGCAGCUGUUCUCUGGGACACGGCCAUCUGAGACGAGGCUCCCGCCUGUUCUGAGAAAGCCGAUCAGAGCCUAGGCUGGGCACGUGGGACGCGGUGCAAGGGUAACGGAAGGUUCUGGAGCUUUUCAUAUCUGCUCUUCACUCUUUGUAACUUUUUACUUUCUUCUCUAAUACCUUUGUCUUACAAUUAUUAGCAAUGCUGGCAACCGAAACAAGCUGAUUUUUCCAUACUUCUGGCACUUUGCUCUUUUCGUCUGCUGCAGCUCGGCUUUCUUCCCUCCCUCUUUCUCAGCCACAUCCCGUGACGAGUCCUGUCCUCUCAGUGCGCAUUUCCAUCCGCCAUCACAAUGCUUUGGAACCUUGAACUGCUCGGCGGCCGGGGCGUGCUGUGGCCAAACGCGCAGUCUAUGGACUGGGCAUGGAAUUCGAAUUGCGUUCGCUGUUGUCUUCACCAUUGCUCAUUGUUCAGUAAAGCACCUUUGUCAGUAGUGUUUAAGAGACACUUUAUGCACAGAGAAGGAACAAGGAUCCAUUAAAGCGUUCCGUCCCACACUCGGUGGAAGGCUACUGCCUUUACCCAGCAUGCACUUCAUCACGGCAGUAAUAAGGGAGCCUUACGGAAGCACUGCAGCGAGGGCCAGUGUCCCUGGAGAACUCGACGUCACACUAGCUCAUAUCUCACACACGGUCUCUUGGAGCUCAUUCACCCCUUAGGGGACGCUUUUGCUUCCUUCAUCACCCAAACAUGUAGUGUAUCUUUGGAGGAGCUCUCCGCUCAUUAUGGCAGAGACCGAGGACAAUGACAAUGACACCACUGGGGACAAACGCUCCCGGGAGCAGAGCUUGCUCUCGUGACCCCACUCGAACCGCCAGCUGCCCUUGUCCCUGAUUGCCAUGUGUUGCCUUGGAGACCGAGCUUCACUGUGACAAAGGCCUUAGAGUCACACAGUGAGGGGACCGGUGUCCCGGUGGAGCCCCUCCCAUUGGGAAGAGCAGGAUGGGGAGCCAUGCGCAGCACCGCUCCGCGCACAUCGUGUGGGCACAUUCGUUUGCUGCGUUCGCGUGCGCUCUGCUUACCGUGGUGCAGUGGUGAGGUACGAAGAUGUACAGCCUGUCUUAGUGUU